AUGUCCCGUCUCGCACUCGCCACCCCCGUGGCCACUUCCCGAUCGACCCCCCGCAUGCGUGCCUAUGGCGGCACCCCGCUGCUCAAGCCCGCCUUCAGCCCCAAUGUCAGCCCUUUCAAGGCCACCAGGACGAUGAAGACCAGGAAGGCGACCUUCACGGUGGAAGCGGCCAAGAAGUCUGUCAGCGACCUGUCCAAAUCCGAUCUGGAGGGCAAAGUGGUCUUUGUCCGUGCCGACCUGAACGUUCCCCUGGACGGCACGCAAAACAUCACGGAUGACACCCGCAUCCGGGCCGCAGUACCCACCCUGGAGUACCUCAUCAAGAACGGGGCGAGGAUCCUGCUGGCCUCCCACCUGGGCCGCCCCAAGAGCGGGCCUGAGGACAAGUUCAGGCUGACCCCCAUCGCCCCGCGCCUGUCCCAGCUGCUGGGGAUCACGGUGAUCAAGGCAGACGACUCCAUUGGGAGCGAGGUGGAGUCCAAGGUCAAGGACCUGAAGAAUGGCCAGGUUCUCCUGCUGGAGAACGUCCGCUUCUACAAGGAGGAGGAGAAGAACGAUCCGGGCCAUGCCAAGGAGCUGGCCAAAUUCGCCGACGUGUUCGUCAACGACGCCUUUGGGACGGCGCACCGUGCGCACUCCUCCACCGAGGGGGUCACCAAGCACGUCAAGGAGUCUGUGGCUGGGCUGCUGCUGCAGAAGGAGCUGGACUACUUGGACGGCGCGGUGAAGGAGCCCAAGCGCCCCUUUGUCGCCAUUGUGGGCGGUUCCAAGGUCUCCUCCAAGAUCGGUGUGAUCGAGAGCCUGCUGCAGAAGGUGGACAAGAUCGUGCUGGGCGGUGGCAUGAUCUUCACCUUCUACAAGGCCAAGGGGCUGGGCGUGGGCUCCUCCCUGGUGGAGGAUGACAAGGUGGAGCUGGCCCGCAGUCUGAUCCAGGAGGCGGAAAAGCGCGGCGUGGAACUCCUGCUGCCCACCGACGUGGUGGUGGCCGACAAGUUUGACGCCAACGCCAACUCCAAGGUCGUGCCCGUGGAGGAGAUCCCCGACGGCUGGAUGGGGCUGGACAUCGGACCCGACUCCGUGGAGCUGGUGACCAAGGCGCUCGACGGCGCCAAGACCAUCAUCUGGAACGGGCCCAUGGGUGUGUUCGAGUUUGACAAGUUUUCGCACGGGACAUUUGCGGUGGCGAACACUCUGGCCACCAAGACGGACGCCAUCACCAUCAUCGGCGGCGGCGACUCCGUGGCGGCCGUGGAGAAGGCGGGUGUGGCCUCCAAGAUGAGCCACAUCUCCACGGGUGGCGGCGCCUCCCUGGAGCUGCUGGAGGGCAAGGUCCUGCCCGGUGUGGCGGCUCUCGACGACGCUUGA